AUGGAAUUAGCAUCAUUGUGCCAAUCCUUAACCCUCUCAGACGAUGAGGAAGACGUGGUGGCUUGCGACCUGGGUGAAAUAGCCAGAGACGCCGGUGAGAAGAAAGUUGCAAACUCGUUGAUAGGCAAAAUCAUGUCUACCAAACGAGUUAAUAGAGAAGGGUUUAUACAAACGGUUAGCUAUCUUUGGCGAACCAAGGAACCACUGACAGUUGAAGCAGUGGGAAUGAAUCUAUUUGUCUUCCAUUUUGGAGCACAAGAAGAUAGAAGAAGAGUGCUGGCCGGCGGCCCAUGGAACUAUCUAGAGAAACUAAUUGUAUUGGAAGUCCCUACAGGACUAGGUGACUAUAACAGUAUGGCUUUCGAUCAAGCCUCAUUCUGGGUACAAAUACACAAUCUACCACUUAUGUGCUUGUCCAAGGAAGCAGGAAGGAGUUUGGGAGCAAAUCUGGGCUUGGUGGAGGAAGUCGACCCAGGAGCGUCCGGUGAUUGUACAGGGAGGUAUAUACGGGUUAGGGUAAAGAUGAAUAUCACAAAACCACUUAAGCGAGGUUUAAAGGUAAAAGUCGAUGAUAAGGGAAAUACGGUUAUGGCUGUUCUAUGGUACGAGAGAUUACCGGACUUAUGCUAUCAGUGUGGGAUUAUUGGCCAUCCCCUGUUGGAAUGCCCCAAACGGUCAGAGGAGGGGAAGACAACCAGCUUGGAAAAAGCUGAGAAGGAGAAGGAUAAAGUGAUAGGUGAUGGAAAGGAUAGGGAUAAAGCUGUAGUACCUACAAACGUGGGGGAAGGUGCUGCAGCAAAAGGUAUGAUGUUGACUAAUUCGUGUAUGGCCGGAGAGGAGAAAAGAGUGGCGGUUACGGAUUUCUCGGGGUUGAUCGAGAUUGAGGUAGAAAGAGAUUUUGAAACACGAGAAAAGGAUUUUUUGGCGCGCAGUAAACAAAAAGGCCAUAUGGAGGAGAGUAAUAAGGCUGGGCUAGGGGUCCGUGCGAAGUUUAAGGGCUUUAAAAAAAGCCCAAGAAAGCCCAAGACAGGAAUUAAAAAACCUAUGGCAAAAGGGAAGAAGGUUCCAUUAGGUGACAUCUCUAACCUAAUUGGAAAUCUUGAAGCAGAGAAGGUGUUAACCAAAGAAGGAGUAGGAGAAGUGGGAAGAUAUGCGAAGGUUUCAGAGGAAUUAUCUCAACCAAGAGACUAUAACUCUGAAGGGGCUACAAACAACCUUAAAGCGGCGGAACCUGUCCAGCAGCAUAGUGUUCUUAAUGGAAACGAGGAUGAAGGAGGAGAAGAUCAGAGAUACUUGCCAGAAAUUGAAGAUGGGGGUUACUUCAGCGUCGACUGCGUGGGCAAAAGUGGUGGCUUAGCCGUCCUCUGGGAUGAUUUUAGUAAGAUAUCUAUCAUAAGUUCCUCCAACUUCUAUAUUGAUUGUAUGAUCCAGAAUAGUAACGGGACCCAUUGGAGAUUUACCGGUUUCUACGGCAACCCGGUUCAGUCUCAGAGAGUCCACUCUUGGACUCUCCUGGAAAGAUUAAGCUCCGUGUUCUCUGGCCCAUGGAUCUGCGGCGGAGAUUUCAACGAGAUCUCUGAAGCUUCUGAAAAACAGGGGGGAGGGAGUAAGGCUCAAUACCUUAUGACAAACUUCAAUCAAGCCCUUGAGAGAAGUAGUUUGUUUGAUGCAGGGGGUAAGGAGUAUGGCCACACUUGGUGGGGAAAAAGAGGGAAUAUGGUGAUCCGCGAAAGAUUGGAUCGCUUUGUUAUCAAUGUUGCCUGGAAGUCCCUCUUCCCAAACUCAAAAGUCAGUGUCCUUGAUGGAGGGGGCUCGGACCACAAACCUAUCAUCAUGAUGGAUAAGCCGGGAAGCACAGAGAUUGAGAGAGAAGAAAAGAAAAGGUCCAGGUUCCAUUUCGAGGAGUUAUGGACCACAGAUGCAAGGUUUGACGAAGUGGUCCAAAACUGCUGGGCAGAAAGUGGCAAUGUGAGUAGUAUCUCAGACCUAACCCCUAAACUUAUGAAGUGCAGCAGAGCGUUUAAAAAUUGGGGGAGAAAUACUUUUGGGGACCUUAAGAGGCGAAUAGCUGCAAAGAAGGAGGAAUUGAGAUUGAUACUAAAUUCGAAUGAUGAGAGCAUAUCUGUCUCUCAGAUUAUUAGCACUGAAAACAGCCUCAAUAAGCUGCUAAAACAGGAGGAAAUUGCUUGGAAACAGAGAGCCAGGGCCGAAUGGUUAGCUCACGGGGAUAGGAACACACGGUACUUUCACAGAAGAGCUUCCCAAAGAAGGGCACGAAAUAGAAUUAGAGGGCUUAGAGACGCUUCAGGCACGUGGAAGGAGAAACCAAAAGAGGUUGAGGACAUAGUUCAAGAUUAUUUCCAAGACUUAUUCCAAACAACUAAUCCGUCUGAGAGUGACAUUGAAGAAAUCACAAACCAUGUGGGGCAGGUGGUUACUGAGGAGAUGAACAGUGUUAUGUCAGCCAGAUAUAAAGCCGAUGAGAUUAUGGAGGCGCUGAAGGAGAUCAAUGCGACUAAAGCUCCCGCUCUCAUCCCUAAAGUUAGUAAUGUGGAACGUAUGUGUGAUUUUCGCCCCAUUAGCCUGUGUAAUGUUAUUUAUAAAAUUAUCUCGAAAACUCUAGCUAAUAGGCUGCGUAGAGUCAUAGGGAGAGUCAUUGAUUGUUCCCAAAAUGCUUUUAUUCCCGGUAGACAAAUUAUAGAUAGUGCUCUAAUUGGUUUUGAGUGUGUGCAUGUUAUAAAGAAGUCUACCAGGAAAGUAAAUGGGCCGCUGGCGCUCAAAUUAGAUAUGUCAAAGGCAUACGAGAGGGUGGAAUGGAAGUUCAUAGAGGCAAUGAUGCUAAAGCUAGGUUUUAAUGGUGGCUGGGUAGAGAAGGUGAUGAGAUGUGUUUCUUCGGUCAGGUUCUCGUUCUUAAUAAAUGGUGUGGUUAAAGGUGCUUGUAUCCCUAGUAGAGGGCUGAGGCAGGGGGACCCGCUAUCCCCUUAUCUCUUCCUCAUUUGUGCCCAGGGCCUGUCAAGCAUCAUAAACAAUAGGGUGAAUGCCGGCUUGAUUCAGGGGGUUGAGUUUGGGGAUAAUUGCAAAGUCUCACAUAUCUUCUUUGCGGACGACAGUUUUCUCUUCGCUAGAGCUAAUGUCCAAGAAUGUGGGGAGAUUAGGAGAAUUCUUGAGAUGUACAGUAAAGGGUCAGGCCAAAUCAUUAACCUGGACAAAUCCGCCUUAUCUUUCGGCAAAGGAGUGAGUACAGAGGCAAGGAAGCAAGUCCAGGAUAUUCUUCAAGUCCCUAUAGUCCCCUGCCAUGAGAAGUACUUGGGUUUACCCUCUACUGUUGGAAGAAACAAAGGCGAAAGCUUCAAAACUAUAAAGGAGAAGAUAUGGAAGAAACUCCAAUCGUGGAAAUAA